UUUUUUUUUUUUUUUUUUUUCUUGCCUGUCCCCCCUCCCCAACCACAUUUGGUUUUAACUCUUUGCAUCAAGUGCCUUAAGAAGCAAGAGAAGUUCCAUGUUUAGAUCCUAUUUCCCCACCACUCUCCCUGCUCCCGCAGAGCCGAGUGGCUGCGCUUCCUUCUCUUCCCCAUUGAAUAACCAGUGUAAACUUUGUAAAUAGUUGUGGGGGGGUGGGUGGGUGGGAUGGGUGUGGAAUUGUGGCUGUGAGGGCUGGUGACGUUUGCUUCCACUGUGUAUCAUGAGCCAUGCUUCCCUGCUGUGGGGUCUCGUGGGGGAGUAUGAGCCAUGCUGCCAGUGGGGCCAUGACCUCAGCCCUCACAGCGUGCUUGCAGAUUGGCCUGGUCUACAGGCAACCGUAUGAGAGGAAUUGGGGGCCCGACUUAAGAGCAGCGUGUGUGGACUCUGCAGGGAGCCAGGCUGCCCAGUUUGUAGCCUGUGGUGCCCACUGUAUUUUUGUUACGCGCUUUUUUCCUUUUGAAGUUUACAAACUUGCUGCACACAAACACGCUGACUUAUUUAAAUCUCAUCGGGAUGAUACGAGUAAAUUAGUUCUGUACUGCAGUGUACCUAUGGCGGGGGAUGUUUGGGACUCCUUAACAUAAUGUUGAUUGUAAAUAUUGUUGGGAAGGGUCCGAUCACGGGACAUGAGGGAGUUGGAGCUUUAUUGCCCUGGUUGUGGGUGGGGCUUUGUUUGUUUGUUUGUGUGGUGGGUGGGAUGAAAGGGGAUGGGUGUUCAAUAUCUGCAGAAAUGCUGGCACCCUUGCCUUCAUGGGGUGCCAGCCUCUCUGAAGAUGCGACUGGCUGUGGUUGUAGACCCCCGGGGGUAAGAUGUUGUUUUUUUGUUUUUUUUUUUUUUGUUUUGUUUUGGUUUUUUGUUUUGUUUUUUUUUUUUUAUUUUAAAUAUAGCACUUUGGCUAAUGUGAAUGGGUUGGGUCUAGGCCUUUCCCCUUACCCAAAAGUAUUUUUUCCCCCCCACUGGCCAAGCGCACCUUGCCAUCAGUCAAGACUUUUCUGCUCUGCCCCACUGAAAUUUUAAAAGUUUUGACUGCUCCCCCUGUAAUUGGCUUUAUGUGAACUAAACACACAAAUACAGUAGCUCAGUUGUGAAGAAUGAGAUGGCAACAUCUUACCCCCGUCUUUCUUGACACUACUACGUCUUGACACAUCUCAUUCUUCUUGUGUAGCAGAACUGCUUGGAAAAAAGGCUCCAGCAGGUAUGUUAUACAGGGGGCAGCAGGGGUGGGUCCUGGACGGACUGGAGCCGGCCAGGAUUCUCCUAGUGGCCCCCCACUGCAUUUUGUUUUUUUUGUUUUUUUUUUUUUUAAUUGUUUUCCUCUCUGCCCCUUUAUCAGAGUGCAAAUUGCCUUUAGUAAGAAUUGGCUGGUCCUUAAUUGCAACAUAAUUGGCUAAUACUCCAGUGAGGUGGGCAGUGUCACUGGUACUGGCAGUAGCCUGCCUUUGUUUGUGUUUAUAAAGAAAAUGCUUGUGAACAUCUUGCUGUGACAGAACAAUGACUGCACUUCUUGUGUUUGACGAAAUAAAGGCUCACUGGAAUCCAGCCUGUUUUGUUUCUUUCCUUGUGCAAACCCCCCACCACUCCAUGUUGUGCUGCCACUCCCCUCCACCCAUGGACUUUGAUUUCCGGAAGGGAAAUGCUGAUAAUACGUACUUAAUAUUUUGAAAGACGACACCGGUAUGUGCUGGCUACUGUGCUGUGUGUGCUGGCUGAGUUGGGCUCUGGUCACUCAUGGAUUGCCCCCGGCUUGUGACAGUCAGGUGUACUGUACCGGUGAGCUGCUCAAGCAGGUGCAGAUGGCCAAGCUCUUUACAGAUGAUAAAUACUUUGUGGACAUGAAGCUGUGUGUGUCCCCUGAGGAGGUGGUAUCUGCUUUUCAAAACUGGACACGCUUGGUGCCAGAUGCUGCCCUGUCCUAUAACCAGCUGCAGGAGUUUGUCAACUUGUACUUUGAUGCCCCUGGCCAGGAAUUUGAGCCCUGGAUGCCAGAUGACUGGCAAGCUGAGCCCCCAUUCCUCAAGAAGAUUGUGGACCCCGCUUUUCGCCUUUGGGCAUCUGAGCUGCAUGCCCUCUGGAAGUCCCUGGGAAGGAAGGUGCGGCUCGAUGUGAAGAUGCACCCAGAGCUCUACUCUCAGAUCUACACGCCCCAUCCACUGAUUGUGCCCGGUGGGCGCUUCAGGGAGCUCUACUACUGGGACUCCUACUGGAUCAUCAAAGGGCUGCUGCUGUCCGGGAUGCAGAAGACCACCAUGGGCAUGAUUGAGAAUUUCCUUUACUUAGUUGAGAGGUAUGGCUUUGUCCCCAAUGGGGGUCGCGUCUACUAUGAGAGGCGCACUCAGCCCCCCUUCCUCACCCUCAUGGUGGACAGUUACUACCAGGCCACACUGGACAUUGAUUUCCUGAGAAAAGCCCUGCCUGUCCUGGAGAAGGAGUACACUUUCUGGAUUACCAACCGGUCUGUGGAGGUGAUGGACACAACAGGGACAUCCCAUAGUCUCAACUACUAUAAAGUGGAAGCAGGUGGUCCCAGACCAGAGUCCUACUCAGACGACAUGGAGCUGGCAAUGGGCAUGCAGGAAGGGGCACAGCAGAUAUUAUGGGCAGAGCUGAAGAGCGGAGCGGAGUCGGGCUGGGAUUUCUCUUCACGGUGGUUCAUUGACUCUGCAGGGCACAACUUCCCCAAAGGGACGCUGAAGGACACCAAAACCAGCUUUGUUGUCCCUGUUGACCUGAAUGCUCUGCUCUGCCGCUGUGAGAGGACACUGGCCACCUUUAAUGAGAUUCUGAAUAACACGGAGAAGGUUCAGCAUUUCAAGGCCCAGUUGCAACGCCGCAUGCAGGCAGUCGAGGCCAUCUUCUGGGAUGGCAGCCAAGGGUCCUGGUUUGAUUUUAAUCAGCAGUCCAUGACAACCAACAAGGCUUUCUAUCCAUCCAACCUGGCACCACUGUGGGCAAAAUGUUACUCCAAGGCAUCCUUUGAAGAGCAGGCGCUGAGAUACUUGCAGACUAGUGGAGUCCUGAAAUAUGGGAAUGGAGUACCCACUUCCAUGGUCCAAACUGGGCAGCAGUGGGAUUUCCCCAAUGCUUGGCCACCUCUUCAGCAAAUGCUCAUUGAAGGACUCUAUGAAAUGAAUUCCAGCAAAGGCCAACAAAUAGCGGGCGAGCUGGCGCAAAAGUGGGUUAAAGCCAACUGGAUGGCCUACAAGGAGUACAAAGCCAUGUUUGAGAAGUAUGACGUGACUGGAAAUGGCAAACCCGGUGGUGGUGGUGAAUAUGAGGUGCAGCUGGGCUUUGGCUGGACCAAUGGCGUAGCACUUCAGCUUCUGGAGCAGUUUGGUGACAGGCUGGUGUCAGCUGCCAGCCCCAUGGCCACCUGCGUGGGGGCGUGGCUUAUCCUGUUUGUCCUGCUGUCAGUCUUUUAGUACUGUAGCACUGCUAGUGGUGGUGGGCUGGCAAGGUGGACUUCUUUGACCGCUGCUUCGGUCAUUGAACUCUCCAGUAGAUAACACAGAGUCAUAAGUGCCAGCUCCACAGCUUGUUCCUUAUUUUUGUAUAGGCAGGUGUAUAAUUGUAGGGGGGCGCCAGAAAAGGUACUAU